CGUUCCAAGUUGCGAAAGAACGAUGUCUGAAGCUUGGAAGACAACAGAAUUAAAGGAGAACAAAACAUGGAAACUAUUUCACGCCACGGAUUUCGUUUCGCUGAUGUACCCUUGUUAUUUCAUCGCAAAUAUAUUUGGAAUUUUUCCUUUCAAAUGUGUAUCUUCAGGAUAUACCUCUUCAAGAAUUCGUGUCAUUUAUUCAAUGAUCAUUUUGGCCACGUUCCUGAUCCUGGUAUUCUAUGUAGUAUAUGAUAUUAAUUGCGGCUCAUCGUUAAUCAAUACUGUGCCAAAACAACUGAAUCGCAAUUUGUAUGUUAUCAUGGCUGCAAGCGCUGUCUUGUUAACGUACGGUCAAUAUAAAGCGAUACUGCGCUUUCUUCAGGAGCUCACGGAGGCGUCCACCAUGGUGGCACCAAAGGACUUCAACGACAUGGCGAAAUUCGUUCAUUCAAAGGAUAUUUUUGUAUUUUUAUUUCUUUCAAGUCACGCUUUCAAUUGCGUUAAAAGUGGAUACACGACUGUAACAGUGCUAAAUUUUACCGCUCUAUUCAUGAUGUUGGUGAACUUCAUCAUGGACAUGUUCUACAUUAACUCGGCGUGCGUUUUAAGAGCAUGUUUCAUGAAAAUCAACGAAGAUCUCGAUAAAUUUCGAAAACCCGUCACCAAGACAUUUUUGCGCCACAAACAGAGGACUGCCUCGUUGCUGAUGAAAUUGAAGAAUUUAGAGGGGAAACAGCUGCAGGUCACCGAUAUUCUACAAUUACUGAACAAAAUAUUUAUUACGCAACUCGUAGUAACAACUCUCAAGACUUUUACUAUUGUUACUUUUGAUUUGUACUUUUGUUUAGUACGAGUUAACGGUGGGGAACCAGGUCAGACAAAUCUAAUCUUUUGGUACUGGCCCUAUAUUCCUCCUAUCGUAUAUAAUUUUCUUAAAUUUGUUACGAUGAUUUGGGCGUGUGAAACGGCGACUAAUAAAGCUGGACAAAUCCGCACUACUCUUCACGAUGCCCUUAGCGAGGCGACCGAUUUGUCCGUGAAACGAGAGCUGGAGCUUUUCUCGCUGCAAUUACUACACUGUGACACUACGUUUUCUGCGAAAAUGUUCGAUAUCAACGCGCCUCUUCUUGCAGAGAUCGUGGGUGGCAUCACUGUGUAUCUUUUGAUACUGCUCCAGUUCUUAUUGAACUCGAUAGUAUGUGAAACCAAGCAAGAGUGAACGAAGAAAUAGUUUCGUGAUUCGGCAGUCUUGCGAAAAGCACCGUUUGAUGUGUCCAUGUGCACACACCUGUAACACUUCUCGUCCACUUUUUCCUUCGCUUAUAUAUAAAUCUGUACAACUGCGAUGCAAAGGAAUCUAGCAGUUACUUUCAACGUUACUAUGAAAUCAGGUGCGAGAUUACGGGAUACCAGUUUAUGGGAUGAUCUAAUACACUGAACGGGACCGAAGAAAUCGUCAUGCAUAAUCACCGUGCAGGUAAAAACAUUUUGGUCACACUAAAGCCUCAAAGUGAUAGCCGGCUAAGCGAUAAUCGCGUUCUUCAUCUAAAUGUUCUAAAUUUAUCAGAGUCGCUGAGCUAACGACAGUGGUCCAUUUUCAACAGCCGAUUAUCGCUGUUGCUUUCUGGAAGAACGGGAUAAUUGCGUGUGCUGUAGACUGUCAUUUGAAAUUGCGACGUAAUUUUUCGUGGAAUCGUUUGUUAUCGAUGUACCAACAUUAUCGAUAACGUAGAAAAUCUACGUAAAACUCUAAAUUGACAAUUAUCAUAUUUAACCCUUUCGGUACGGAAGAGCUGGCCGCGGAUAUACAUUCACUGGACGAGAAAGUUUUCCGCGAGAGUGAUUACACUGUACGGCAGUGUAAGCCGCAAAAGGUGAUCUGAACCAACUUUUAAGUAAAAUAUUUGAAACAUUUACGAUAUAAGCAAACAUACCAAUUGCUUUUCCGUAGCUUGUUUCGUGGAUACCGACUAUAAGCGGCGAUAGUACCGAAAGGGUUAAAAGUGUAGCGUCAUUAGCAAGACAUAGAAGCAGCAUUAUUCACUAUUUCAUUUGUCUGAAGUUGAAGUUAUUACUUUCUUAUCUAUGGUAGAUCUUGGAACGCAGAACCGCGGAUACAGGGAUCGACUUUCUUAUCUUAUAAUUGUAACAGUUAAUCCCUAGAGGGUGGUUAUUCCAUGGUCACUUUGGUCCCAGGCAAUGUCAUUAUAAAUGACACUGAAAUGUUCGAUAUACGCAUGGUCGUCUGUGAUGAUUAGUACAGUGAACUCGUUGUUUUUCAUCGUAAUGAAAUAUGUAGAUCGUAAAAUAUCUUGUUUUCGUGGCCGGAGUUCAAGCAGUUGAACAGAUUGAAUUUGAAUCAGGAAUCUCGUUUAUUAGAGUAGGCAAAGGUGAUCUCUUCAAGGAGAAAUGUCGUUUACGUUCGGAUGAACAGGUUGGAAUCGAGUCAAUUUAUUGUCUUCAAGGAUAAUGUCGUGGUCGUCAAUAAUGCGCGGAGGUGGCGAUUACUUUCAACUAAAUACUAUCACGUAUAGAUACCAUUAAUUCUACAUUGUUAUUGUAGGUGUUCGCUUAACAGGGCUGUUUGUUACAAACAUGAAUCACUUCGGGUGAACGAUUGUUUAGAAUAAUUGAGCUUAUCGAAUGAAAUAUGAUAUAUUGUAACUGCUAGAUAAAACUGGUUAAUCCAUGGUUUUAUAUUGCAAUUUCAUUUUCUUCUUGAGUUCCAUGAUCGUUAUAUGUGGUGUUGGAUAUCGUCAUAGACUGAGCAAAUAAUUUUAUUCUUCGCAUUUCGGUUUAGAUAAGUAAAUCCUAAAUUCUCUCUCUAGCCCCACUAUCUUCUAUGUACAAUUACGCAUACGACCCUUGAAUUCCUUACUCACCAUCCCUGAAUUAUACACUUCACCCUUUGAACCUCAGUAAUAUCCAAGAACUCCUAUUGGUCCUAAUCUUCAUUCCCACCACUUUCAAAAUCAGACUCCAGACCUUUUAAAAACAGUACCAGACCACUUUUUCUUCAGCAUCAGAAUAAAAAUCAGAGGUAGAAGUACAGUUGUAUAGCCACGUAAAAAUUCGUUAGCAGUAGGAAAUUACUUUAGGUGCCUAAUGUAAGAAUUCCGUGUAUUAAGUUUAAUAAAAUAUUUAUUAAACACCGGGAUCUAACAGUGGUUACAUUUCAAAUUAUUCUACCGUACGAAUGAUUGAGAAAAUGGAAAAUGUGGCUAUUCUGUUGCUACCAAAAACCAUUCGCAAAAUAGCCAAACUUGUGUACAUAAAGGACGUGUUGCAUUUGAAAGCUGGUUUUGAAAAAAUAAAUGAUUCCCUGUUGAAACUGAACUAGACGGUGAUCAACGAAGAGCCGCAUCUUUUCAGUAGAGUAUAUCAACCAAAGCAAAAUUCUCAGGUGCUUACAGAACUGAGAAAUCUUAGAAAUCAAUAUUUAAAAAUCACUGCUGCUGUCCGGCUGAUUAACGAAACAUAUAAUAUGCAAAAUAUCGGAGCGCAGUGCGACAGCAUCUUCGCGGCGAUGUGGCUCCUGAUAAACGCAACCAUUUUGACAAAGAUAGUGUGCUCUAUUAAUAGUUAUGUAUUACUUACAAUUUCUGCUUGUAAUACCUCGUUGACCAGAAGCCUCAAUGUAAUAACUUUUAAUUGGAUGUUGAAGGAACAGUUAAGUAUGGUCGAAUGACGAAGAUCCUGG